CUAAGUAAUUUCUUGAUGUUAUUUAUAAAGGUUGUAAGAACCAUCAUGAAGGAAGAGCUUGCAAUACCACAAGCAAAACCUUCUCUACGUGACUUGUUCCAUAUGCCCAACUUGCGAAAGCACCUUUGUCUCCUGUGCCUUUUGAGAUUUCUACAAAUACUACCUAUUAUGGGAAUCUCCAUGAACCUCCAACACUUGAAAAGCAAUGUCUUCCUAACCCUAAGUCUUACUUCUGCAGUCUCGAUCCCAACCACUGUUCUUGGAGGGUUUUUACUGAAUUACAUUGGCCGCAGAAUAAGUCAACUAUUGACCUGUUUGCUGUUUGGAAUCUUCCUUCUGAGCAUAGUGUCUGUGCCUCAAGAAAUGCAGACUCUGNUUGUGGUUUUGAUAACACUGGCAGGAGGAAGUUCUGCUAUGAUGUAUAACAGUAAUAUUGUAUAUUCAAGUGAGCUGAUGCCCACCGUGAUCAGGGCAACAGCAUUAGGAGUCAUUGGAAUUUCUGGUGGUGUGGGGGCAGCCCUGUCUCCCCUUAUUAUGAUCCUCAUGCGGUACUCUGACUCCCUGCCCUGGAUCAUCUAUGGAGUCCUCUCCAUCCUUGGUGGCCUUCUUCCCUUUGUCCUUCCUGAAACCAAGAAUCAGCCUCUGCCUGACUCCAUCCAAGAUGUAGAAUGUGGGUGGAAAAGUUCAAAACAAGAACAGGAGGAAGAUGUCAUCAUUAAAGUGACUCAGUUUUAAGGAAGUGUGGGAAUUGGCCUCCAGUCAAACAUCAAGAUAAAAGAAAAAUGUCAUUCAGGAGUUAUUCUAGUAAUAUUUGCCUCAACUCCAAUCCACUGCAUUUCCCAUGAAAUAAAUAGAGUGAGAAAAA